AUGUCAGAGGCGACACAUUUGCGCGGCGCAUAUGCUGACAACAAGCUCAUUCGCGCCGCAAUUCAUCAAGAACAGCGCCGAAUAGGGCACAUCUGCGCUAUCCUGGUUCGCAAUUUGUCUCUUCGACCAACUCGAGACCGCGCUCUUCAAACACUUACUUCCCAAAGACCCGGCAGAUUGGAUCGAUACCACACCACCUCAGAUGAUGCCGACCUGACGCAUACCAUCGCGCGAUCCAACAGCAAGGGAAAGGAAAAAACCAACCAGUCGAGCCGCCGUCGAAGAAGCGCUAGCUGGAGUAGACUUAGCAAUCAUGGCUCUUCCGACGACGACCACCGAGAGGACGCCGAUCACCUCGAUACUAGUUCCGCGUCGACAUCCACAGCCACAAAGUCGCAGAUCAACAUCAACCAUCGAAACGGAAGAGGUCGUUCUGCGUUGCUCAUCAAUCAUCGUCGCACAUCUGAUCACGAGCUGACCUCUUCCUCGUCACUUGCAUCCACCUCAGAUGGCGCACACAGCAUCGACGCUAGUCCACGCCCUAUUCUCAAGCGAGCCUCUAGCACUCGAGAUGGCAGAGACGCUCGCAUAUACGGUGGAUCGCCCGCCAGCGCGUCCAACACCAGCUUCCUCGACGAGCUCGGUGCCAACACCACCAUGCUCUCGAGAUCUGACUCUCGCAGCUCCUCUCAUUCUUCUCAUACCAUUCGUAGGCCUUCACAUAGGGCAAGGACCACCAGCAUGACCUCGUCGAGCAGUGUUCGUAGCGUCCGCUUCGACGAGUCUCGGUUCGCAGGUAACAACAAUGCUAGACGUACGUCACGUAUCUCUGGCCGUCUCAGUGCAGCUCCGCGCUAUCCGCUUUUUUCUCAAAAGAGUCUCGCUCAGAUCAUGAAGGAUCGCAUGCUGGAAUGCCAUGUCGAGCUCUCAAUCGGGUCUGGAAAAGACGAUCGACUGAGCGCCACUGCAUCAGCCGCCAUGAAUUAUGUGACAGACCAAGGUUCAGAGCGGGGUGCAGACUCUGAGAAUUUGCAGGUUUUCUAUCGGACGUCCAACUCCAAGCCCGGCCUACAUCACUCUUGGGGAUAUCAAAGCGGCGACCCCAUCAUUCCCGAGCGCGAUUUUCGUGUUGAUUCAAACGGUUCGAGCGACGUCCAUCCGCUGGAAGCAUCUACGCUCAGCAUCAAAGUCUAUGCCAGGACGCCUCCUGCAGACACGGACAAUGUCGGCCCUCAGCGAGGCGCUCAGACUGCCAAAGCGGACGCACCAGACUGGAAGCUCGUAUGUCAAACAAGCGCUGAUCUUCGCGAUCUUGAGCCCUUACCGGGAAACAUGCAAAGCGUCAACCUGUCGCUUCCGCCCAAUUCCAUUUUGCUUGGUCUUGCGCCUGGAGCCAAUUCGCUAUCUGGACGUGCGAAUAUUGCUUCGUCCGAUUCGUACAGAAAUAUGGACUCCGAGGCAUCCGAAGAGGCGAAAAGUGGUCCAAAGCUUAAUCGGAGCACUAGCGAGAGAGAGGCAGAGAGGACGCAACACAUUCUUGAAAGUAUUGUUUACUAUGUGGUGCCGCUCCAUAUGUCCCAAAAGCUAGAUGCCGCCCACGCGAUCGGCGCAGUGUCGACAAUAGAUGAAGCUGCUGAUGCCAGCCGAGGACACAGAAACAAAGACGGCAGUUCGAGCCAUUCGCCAACUCUCUUUCGCCACACAUCACUCGACCACUAUGCCUCCGAUCCAGAGAGCGCACCGAGUCGCAAAGCUGUUUCUGCACCAGCCUCAGAGCAGGUCGCUGCUACGUUGGAUUCUCUAGCACUUCCAUCGGUAGCAAUCGCUGCGACACCCGACGCACGACGACGAGAGCGGCGCAAAGCAUUCGAAGAUGAGCAGAGGCGCGUACUGGAGCUCAGCUUGCGCGAGACCAAGAUGAUGCCGAGUUAUACACUCAACGAUGCAAAACACGUAGCGAAAAAGCAGGCCGAACUGCAGCAUCUAUCCGACCAAGUGCAAGAGCUUAGACGAGUCAAUGGCGACCUACUCAGCGAAGUGGAUGGCUUCGUGCAGCUUCGACUCAGGUACGAGCAGCAGAAAGCUAGAUACAGCGCGGUGAGGCAAAUGGCUCUGGACGAGGCGGAUCAACUGCAGCGCAAGAGGACCGAGCUGACAGAGAGAAAGGCUGCGCUCGAGGCUCGGCGACGAGCAAUCCUGGCCUCCCAGUCGCUCUUUGAAGCUGUGGAGACAACAUCACGUCAGCUCAAGGAAGACGUGCAGACGCUCAACAUCGAAAAGGCACACGUAGCAUUGCAGUUGCACGUUCAGCAGGCGUCCAUGCUGCGGGAUCUCGAGGCUAUCUUUCCCAUCGAACUAUCAGACGCCUCAUCGCUACUGUUUUCUAUCUGUGGUCUGCCACUUCCCAACGCGGUGCCCUCGAUCCCAGCCUCCGAGCUGGCAAACGAGGAAAGACGAUGGAAGGACACCAUCAAGCGUCACGUUCCAGCAUCGACUCGACCCGUGUUCCAUCCGUUUGACGACGAAACCAUCAGCAGCGCUCUGGGUCUGGUUGCUCAACUUGUCAUGUUGCUCAGCACCUACCUUGCCACUCCGAUCCACUAUCCGUUAGCAACAGCAGGCAGUCGCGCGGUGGUGCAGGACGGCAUCUCGCUCAUGAGCGGUCCUCGUGCAUUUCCGCUGUACGCCAAGGGUAUGGAGCGAUACAGAUACGAGUACGCAGCGUUUUUGCUCAACAAGGACAUCGAGCAGCUGAUGAACGUCCAUUCCGUCACGGUCAUCGAUAUCCGCCAUACGCUGCCAAAUUUGAAGAACCUCAUGGUAACCGUAGCCGCUGCACCGCCGACCAGUCAAAUGACCAGGAAAAGCCAUAUCGGCAAAUCAGAGAUUGCACUCCGCUCCACUCCACCGGUUCAACGGAACGUCGACGUCACGAAUGGCAAUGUCAAGAAGUCUGGUUUGGAAAUUGGCUUGGGGUUGCCGAGCGUCAAUGCUGGUGCAAAGCUUGCGUCUGCGGGAGGGGUUAGGAACGAGGUUGUGCAUGAUAUGUUGGUCACAACGCGAGUAUUGGGUGCUCCUUCGACAGCCACGACCAAACCGGCGACUGCUAAUGGCGCCAUCGCGUCUGUGUCAAGAGCACUGAGCUACAUUAGCGGCGGAAAUGCUCGAUCAUGA